AUGCCCGCGCCUUUGAUGCAGGCCGCUUCAGCCCGCGGACUCGUCCCCGCCGCGCUGCCGCCGGCCGUCGCCCGCCUCCACACCACCUUGCUCACCCACCACCUCUUCUACGUCCCGCUCCUCAACUGGGCGAUCAUCGGCCUCUUCCUCGUCCUCAUCAUCCGUCUCGCAAUCAUAUUCACCGACUCAGUUGCCGUCGCCCCCGUCGUCAUGAUGUCGGUCUCGAACGUCCUGCUCUACGGCCUCUCAGACACAAUGGCGCAGACCGUCACCACCAUGGCCGAGAACUACGCCUCCUCGAAGCGGUCGACAAAUCUCGGGCUUUACAACAACGAGAAGCUGCCUGCUUCUGAUGGAACGCCUUUUGCGCGCGCAACCUCGCACGUCUUCACAGCAGCGCACUUCCCGCCUGCGAACUUCAAGUUUGAUCGCACGAUCCGCUUCGCCGCAUGGGGCUUUGUGCUGUCGAUCUUUUUGUACAAAUGGCUCGAGCUGCUCGAUGCCUGGCUACCGAUCUCUGACGACUCUGUCAUCGUCCCCGUUCUCUGCCGUGUUAUCGUCGACCAGCUUGUCUGGACUCCUAUCGCUCUCUCGGGCUUCUUUGCAUUCAUGUCCUUCGUCGAAGGCGCCGGCGUCGGUGGCCUCAAGCGCAAACUCUCGACCCUGCUCGUGCCGACGUUGAAGACAAAUUUCACAAUCUGGCCCGCUGCCCAAAUCAUAAACUUCCGCCUGAUCCCCCUGCACUACCAGCUUCCGUUCUGCUCCACCGUCGGUCUGUUUUGGAACACUUUCCUCUCGCUUGCAAACGCGCAGUCGACCGAGCUGUAG